AUGUUUUCAGGAACAGUAGAAAUCCACUCAGCCUUAACUGUUGAUGUUUUGUCUUUUUUGCUGCAGUACCUGGGGCUGGUGGAGGUGGAGGAGUCUAGAGGGAUGCACGUCUGUGAGGAGGCUGUGAAAAAACUAAAAGUUAGCGGCAAAAAGACAGUAAAAGCAGUCCUGUGGGUUUCUGCUGAUGGACUCAGGGUGGUUGAUGACAAAACCAAGGACCUCAUUGUGGACCAGACUAUAGAGAAGGUUUCCUUCUGCGCUCCUGACCGGAACUAUGACAAGGCCUUCUCCUACAUCUGCAGAGACGGAACCACCAGACGGUGGAUGUGCCACUGCUUCAUGGCCCUGAAAGACUCGGGUGAGCGAUUGAGUCAUGCAGUCGGCUGUGCCUUUGCUGCCUGUCUGGAGAGAAAGCAGCGAAGAGAGAAGGAGUGUGGCGUGACGGCUUCCUUUGACGCCAGUCGCACCUCGUUUGUGCGUGAAGGCUCCUUUCGCAUCAACUCCUCCUCCAGCCAGCAGGGCAGCAGCAGUGAGCGAGAUGAGAAGCCUCAGGAUAAAAAGAAAGAUCCACCCUCUGUCAUCCCAUCUCUACCUCCUGGCUCCGCCUCUCCACCUGAGGGGACAGCGUCCCCGAUGGAGCGUCCAGAACCCGGCGGGCCCCAUGCUAUCCCUCGCCGCCAUGCACCCAUUGAACAGCUUGUGCGCCAAGGCUCAUUCAGGGGAUUUCCUGCUCUGAGCCAGAAGAACUCUCCUUUUAAGAGACAGCUGUCACUGCGUCUCAACGACCUGCCUUCCACUCUGCAACGCAAGACGGACUUUGAAGUCAAGAACCCUGAGAUGGACAUGGGUUUGCCACUUGAGGGAGACAGCUGUAUUAAUGCACUGUGUAGCCAGAUCAACACAUCUUUCGCCAAGCCAUCAGAUGAGCUCUUUUCCAACCCAUCCAUGUCUGCAAAUUGCCCUCCGACCUGCACUGUGCCCCCAAUUUUGCCUCCACCGCCUGCACCUAUCCAGGCCACCUCCUCCUGGGUGCAGCCGGAACCUUCUCUACAGUCUCCUCCUCCAGUUUCUGCAGCUCUGCAGAGUGGCCACAAACGCACCCCCUCAGAGGCUGAGAGAUGGCUGGAGGAGGUAUCUAAGGCUGUUAAAGCCCAACAGACGCCUCCCCCUGGCCCUAUCAUUCCUGCUAUCCCAGGGCCCCCUCCUGUUACCAGUCAUCAUAUAACCACACAGGCAACCUUGUCUUCUGCCGCCGUGUCCACUGUCCCAAUGCCCCUCGGCACUUUGUCCAAACCUCUCCUCUCUGGCCCCUCUGUUCUUCCCUGUCAAACUCAAAUGCCUCUUCCACCCAUGUCAAUAUCAUCUGUUCCUCUGAUACCAGGUCCUCCGGUGUCUGGACCCCCUAUGUCUCUCCCAUCCAUGUCCAUCCCAACUAUGUCUGGUCCAAGCAUGUCUGGAGCCUCUAUGAUGCAGGGCUCUCUGCCCGGGGCCCCUGGCUCCCUUCCAAGUGCAAUGCAACCAUUUCCCCUUACUUUUGAUGCAACUCCCGCCCCUGUUGGGAUGUUUGCCAGCCAGCCGGUCCAGCCUGCCUUUAUGCCCAUGCAGACCUACAUGCCCGGUCUGGCCAGCAGUAUGACCUACCCCAACGCCAGCGUGCCGGUCGUAGGCAUCACACCAUCACAAAUGGUGGCCAAUGCCUUUUGCACCGCUACAGGUUCAUCAGGCACGGGUUCGACCAUGGGCUCUGCUGCUGGAGGGUCUAAAGCAGGGCCAUUGGGAACAGUUGGGCAUCACCAUUCCUAUCCUGGAGUGGCCAGUGCAACUGGGCACACCUCAGGGUUUAACGCAGCUACAUUUUCCUCCACCCCACCUUUGUCGACAGCCAUUAACGGCCUCCCAGCCCACACUAGUGCAACGGCAAUUAAUGGGACCUUGAGCAGUGGCGCAAAUGUUGGCAGCUGGCCACCAGAGGGGAGCCAGUUAACCGCACCGGUGGCCAGCGACCCUCAAGACGAUGACCGAUUCGAGGCCAAGUGGGCUGCACUGGAGACAAAAGCAGCGACGCAACCAACGGGGAACAAAGCAGCGGCUGCAGCUGCCAACCCAUUUUCCAACAGUCUGCAAAAGACCUUUGAGAUUGAGCUUUGAGUCACAGCCUGUCUCUAACAAAUGUAGAUCUUCCUUUGGAUUUAAACCCCCCAAGGAAGAUGGGAAGCUUUUCCAGGAUUUUUGCUUAAACGGUAUACAGGUCCUUUCAGCUGGCCAAGCAUCCUGCCUGUGGCAUCCUUGGGGUCGGUACUACAAUUACUUUAGUUUCUUUCUUUACGGUCCCAAGUGAGAUAGAAAAGAACAAAGAUGUCUGCUGGGAUGCGGUCGGGUUUCCAGCUUUCCAGACUUCACAAAGUGAAUCCAUUCAGUCCAUCAGUUCCCAGCCUCUCCUUCCUGUUAUCACUUCUCCACUCUGGCUUGACUAUCCCUGCUGCAGGUCCCUGCAUAUACUGCAUGUUCCUCCUACUGAAAGCACCGCAGUGUGGACGCUGCUCAGUGCUUUCUUUUCUUUAAAAAAAAAAAGAAAAGGUGGACUCCACUUGAAUGCAUUCCAAUCCAAAAAGAUAGUUUUGGAUGUUUUGCUUGUUUUUUCUUAAUGGCGAAAAUGUUAUGUUGUGUGGUAACAUUGUGGAGAAGAACGGAACAGACCCAAGGGACACGUCGAUGCUGAUCGCAGCAGAGCAGGUCAGACGUCUGGAUGCCUGAAAGGAUGAACUUAAACAACUUACUGACCAAUAAUAGAGAUUUAUGGCCAAAAUUAUUUUAUUUAUUGCUUUUUGAUUUCGACAUGUUAUGUGUACCUUCAAAACCCUUACUUUGAAACUGAGAUUCAGAAGCAUGUUUUAGUUUUUUAUCCCAACUAAUUUCUUUUUUAUUUUAAAAAGCAGAGAGUUAUCAGCAGAGAAAGGAAUCCUAAUCAUGUAACAGGAACCAAAUAACCACAACUUCCACUCCAGCUGCGUACUGGCACAGGUCAGACCGGUGUAUAUAGCCGCAUGUUUCUUCCACCUCACUGCUGCUGAGGUCCGAUAAAUCGGUGUGGCGUCACUUGGAUGUGUAGCUUACUUUUAUAAUCGCCUAACAACAAGGGCAUGAAACACUACUUCAGGAUAACCAGCACAUACAGUAGAGCACACAGACCUGUCUGUAUUCACCAACCAACCCAAGAAACUAUAACAACUCAGUGGAAAAAAAUAAAAUCCUCCUCCUAAACACUGUGCAACGCUGUAGAAACAAUGCACUACAUUCCAAAGUUCAGAAAUCCUCAUCCGUCUCCUCAAACAGGGUAUACUCUCAUCAUGUACAGUAAUGAUUGUGUAAUCACCUCUUUAAGUACUACAAUACUGCUACACUUACAGUACCUAGCAAAAGUAUUUACACCUUUUGUUGUGUUUCAACCACAAACAUCAGUGUGGUUGAUGUGACCCUGAAUACUUCAUUACUUAUGGUCACUGCGCUAAUAGAAAAACUGAACCUUCAGGUUUCGCAUAAAAUCCCAAUAAACUGC